UGACAGUUUUGCCAUGUUUUGGAUUAUCUGAAGGAAGUCGUACUACUGGAAAAGAAAUGUGGACUAAGAUGGUUAAGGAAGGACAAUUUCCUCAGGAGAAUUUUAAUUCCGGGCCAUGCAUGCCUUCAGCACCUAGAGAGACACUCUGUGCAGCAGUUUCAGCUUCUGCAUGGGUGGAGCCUCAUGGGAAAUGUAUUGUUUCAUUUUCUUUAGCAUGGUCAUCUCCAAAAAUUAAGCUUUCAAAAGGAAGUUCAUAUCAUAGGAGGUACACAAAGUUCUAUGGUACCUCUGAACUAGCAGCUAAAGAGUUGGUGUAUGAUUCCCUAACAAAUAUGUAUCUCUGUUAAUGCAUCUGAUACUACUGAAUGAUUUUCCUGAUAAAUAAUAUCCUCAAAAAAAAAGGGGGAAAAAAAAGAAAGAAAGAAAGGUUUUACAGUAGCUACGUGCUUAAGUUUCCUUAAACUAAAUUCUGAGCUGGCUUUAUCUUAAAAUUUGAACAGAUUAUAAGCGGUGGGAAGAAGAUAUUGAGAAAUGGCAAAGUCCCAUUCUUAAUGAUGAUAGGCUUCCAGAAUGGUAAAUAGUGAUUUAUGAUUAUCCUAUUAUAACUUUCUUAAAAACAAUUAGCUAGCUUGUUAGCUUAGAGCAACAUUACUAAAGAAACC